CAGUAGGAAGCAGCAAGCGAUCAUGCCUGUAAACAUGGCGUCCUCCAGUAGUUCUGUUGGUCAUCUACUCAUCACAUAACGUCACUUGGCAAAGCUCCACGUGGCGAGGUGUGGAAUCUGAAACCUCCGUUUGUUUCGCCUUCCUUCACCUCGACUUCUGGUGUCGGUUUCGCCCUACCUCCACAUUUUCUUCAUGUCCCUAAUCUUUUACCUUUGAUCGGGUUGCUUGGGACCUUGCGGCUCUUUCGUUAACGACUCAAACCCGGUCAGUACCGCUUGGCCUAGGACCACCCUAUUUCAAGCCAACAACGAUAUGAUGCAGUUCAUGCUCCUGUUCAGCCGACAGGGGAAAAUACGUCUCCAGAAAUGGUAUGCUGCUUUCCCAGACAAGGUGAAGAAGAAGAUUAUGAGAGAAUUGACGACAUUGAUUCUUUCACGUCAGUCUAAAAUGUGCUCAUUCUUAGAGUGGAAGGACCUCAAGAUUGUUUACAAGAGGUAUGCCAGCCUGCACUUCUGUUGUGCAAUUGAACAAGAUGACAAUGAGCUCCUGUACCUUGAAAUCAUCCAUAGAUAUGUGGAACUCUUGGAUAAAUAUUUUGGAUCUGUUUGUGAACUUGACAUCAUCUUCAACUUUGAGAAGGCCUACUUCAUACUUGAUGAACUCUUAAUUGGUGGUGAAAUUCAAGAAACAAGCAAGAAAAGUAUCUUGAAGGCAUUGGCUGCACAGGACCUCCUACAAGAGGAAGAAGCAAUUGAAGGAGCACUGCGGGACAUAGGUCUUGUGUGACACUGCAUUUCUCCAUCAAAAUUUACAUGCAGCUGAAUCUCUCUUCAUCAUCUGUGACACAGUUGCAACUGUACCAAUUUGUCACAAUAUUUUUGUGCUAUCUUUACUUCUCUUCAUCCUUGAAUGUCUUCCUGAAUUUUCAUACAUUACUGGUAAGGGUUUUCCUGGUGUCAGUUUUCUAGAUGUGCCUAACAAAAAGCUCAUACUCAGAAGACAUAAAAUAUUUGUGAUCUCACAAUCAUUGGCUUUAAUGAGUCUAUCUGCCUUUUUCUAUAAACACUAUUCCUGAC